CUCCAGACUCCCAUUUGUUAUUUGACGUAGGUUGAAGAGAGUUAGGUGCAUUUCAGUUAUAAUGUCUCUCAUGGAAGGUGUACAAAACUUAAAAAUUCCACUCGAAGACAUACAAUUGGCCACCAACAACUUUGGGGAUGAUAAUUUCAUUGCAAGAGGUGGAUUUGGGAAAGUCUACAAAGGCAAAAUCACCCUAUCUGGACAGCCUAUCACCGUUGCUAUAAAGAGGUUGGACCGAACAUUUGGACAAGGAAACCGAGAGUUCUUGAUGGAAAUUUAGAUGCUUUCGUGCUAUAAACACAAAACCUCAUCUCUCUUAUUGGGUUUUGUGAUGAAAGUGGAGAAAAUAUCCUCGUAUAUGAGUAUGCAAAAAAUGGAAGCCUUGACAGAUAUCUAUGUGACUCUAACCUCUCCUAGAUACAACGCCUCCAAAUAAGCCUUGGUGCAGCCCGUGGUUUUAAUUACCUACAUACUGAUGUAGGACCCCAACAUAGGGUUCUUCACCGCGAUAUAAAGAGCUCCAACAUCCUCCUAUAUAAAUAUGAAUUGGGAAGCAAAAAUAUCAGAUUUUGGAUUGUCAAAAAUAGGCCCUUUAAAUGUUGAGUUCACUUUUCUUGUCACUAGUGCUUGCGGCACCUUCGGCUAUGUUGAUCGACAAUAUGUAAGAACAGGCAUUCUAACGAAGGAGUCUGACGUGUAUUCAUUUGGCGUAGUGCUAUUUGAAAUAUUAUGUAGAAGGUUGGCACUUAUUGAAAAAUAUCAAGAUGACCGUCGGUUUCUUUCUUCUCUGGCCCACGUGUAUUGUGAAGACAACAGAUUAGACGAGAUCAUUGAUCCCAAUCUCAUGAAUCAAAUGAAAGUUGGUUCAUUAAACCUGUUCUCAAUGGUUGCAUAUCAAUGCUUGAGAGAAAAUCGAAGCGAACGCCCAACAAUGGGUUGGAUUGUUGAAAACCUUGAGAAGGCAUUGGAGCUUCAAGAUUCUAGCAAAGGAAUUAUUCGAGUAGGAACUUGGGGAAGAACAAGAAGUGAAGAGCCUCAAAAUAAAUGGUCUUUUAAACUUGAGAAAGGCCUUAACCUGGUGAAGAUAACUAUUGACCAUGGUGAUGGAAUAUACUCUCUUAUGUUCACUAGUGAAUCUAAAGAUGUUUUGCACGAUUCCGACAAGUGUGGUGGUUUGGCCGGUGGAGAAACCGUUUCUGAGGUCAUCUUUGAUGGUGAUGAGGAAAUAGUUGGCAUUAAUGGAACCAUUGGUGCUCGAGAUGGUUUAACAAUAAUUUCAUCACUAUCCUUUCAGACGAACAAAAGGACACAUGGACCUUUUGGUCGAGCAACAGAAACUGAUUUCUCUAUACCAUGGGAAAAAGGCUUGAUAGUUGGGUUUUAUGGCCUUGCUGGUUAUUACAUUGAUAUCAUUGGUAUAUAUGUUAAACCUAAUGAGGAAGUCGUCAAGGUUGGAACAUGGGGAAGAAUUCUCCCUGGAUCGCCGAUUAACUUCUGGGAUCUACAACUGCAGAACAAUCAACAUUUGAAGAAGAUAACCAUUAAUCAUGGUGAUAACAUAAAUUUUCUCAUCUUCACCACAACAUAUAGAAGCUUAAUACACACCAAAUGGACUGAAAUAGAUCAGUGGAAUCUUUAUGAAACGGUUUCGGAGGUAAUAUUUGGUUAUAAUGAGGAAAUAAAUUCCAUCAGUGGAACAAUUGCGUUAUCAAGAAAUGGUUACAGAGUAAUAAAGUCAAUGUCAUUUGGGACAAACAAAAAAACCCAUGGACCUUAUGGUAAUAUAAGAGGGGAGCAUUUCACUGUAUCAUUUGAUGAUGGUUCUUUUGCAGGAUUUUAUGGCCUUGCUGGAGGUUAUCUUGAUAGUAUUGGUGUCUAUUUGAAGACUAUAGUAUGAGAUGAAGGGAAAAUAUAUUUAUAUUUUUAUUAGAUUUAUGAUGCAUUUUGUGUGGGUCGAGUCUUUGUUAACAUCUUUAAAUAUUGUUUUUAUAUUAGGAAUUUGAUACUAUGG